GAGACCCACAGACUCUCAAGGUGGGUCCACGCCGGGCUUCCAAACGCCACGCCUCUCAGGAUUCCCGGCACGCCGCGCGCCGGCCUUGACCGGAAGGCGGAAGUACGGGGACUUCCGGCUGGCGUCCCACGCGUGCAGUGCGGUCGUGUUUCUCAGGUGAAGCAUGGCUAAGAGCUUACGGAGUAAGUGGAAAAGGAAGAUGCGUGCCGAGAAGAGAAAGAAGAAUGCUCCAAGGGAGCUCAACAGACUGAAAAGUAUUCUCAGAAUUGACGGGGAUGCUUUAAUGAAAGAUGUUGAAGAAAUAGCGACUGUGGUGGUACCCAAACAGUGCCAGGAGAAAAUGCAGUGUGCGGUGGAGGGUGAAAUGGAUGACACGAAAAUGGAGACUGAAAUUAAGAGAAACAGAAAGACUCUUCUAGACGAACAUGGACAGUACCCAAUAUGGAUGAACCAGAGGCAGAGAAAAAGACUGAAGGCAAAGAGAGAGAAAAAACGGGGGAAAAGCAGAGCCAAGGCAGCCAAGGGCCUGGCCUGGUAGACCUUACAAACUGGAAAGAAGGCGCCUUUAAUCCCAGUACUAUGGAGGCAGAGGCAGGUGGAUCUCUGAGUUCAAGGCCAGCCUGGUCUAAAAAGCAGAUGCCAGGACUGCUAAUGUGGAGAAACCCUGUCUUAAAAUCCACAACAAACAAACAAACAAACUGGGAAGUAUUGAUGGAACAGAAGUUGAGUUGUUAGGACUGUCUUCACUGGUUUCAGCUCUUUGAUGGAAGCUCUUUGUUUUCCUACUUCAGUUUCAUCUUACACCUGCAAUUCAAAACAAUAAUUCAUUUGUUUUGGGAAUUUGAAUAAACUAUUUUCUGUGAUAAAAGAAAAUUGGAAGCUGCCUGAUGUUUGAGUAUUAUCAGACACCACAAUCUUGUGAGCAUUGCUGUGGUUAAAAUUAUUUGAUCUUACAAAAUUGCAAUUAUCAUCAAUGCCUCAGAUUAAACAUGCUCAUACGAACAAAAUUUGGGCAGAAAUAUUUUAAAAUAGCGUCUCAAGGGGCUCAGCAGUUAAGACCACACACUGCUCUUGCAGAGGACUCCUUCAUGUUGAAUGGCUCAAAACCACUCAGAACCAGUUCCACAGGGUUCCCCUCUUCUGCCCUCCACGGGCACCUGCCCUCAUGCACAAGCUUCCCACACAAUCUAACUUUAAAAAGUCUUGAGAAAAAGGAUGGCAGUGGAUUGUUUGUUUUUUCUAUAAUUCGUAAUAAAAGAUAUUGUAUGUGUAGAUCUUAGAGUUUGACAUUUUCUUUAGGGUUUCCAGCUACUGAGAAGACCAUGUCUCUCAUUUAGGUGGACUGUACCAUGUACUACACGUUGAUGUGCUUUCUAAGUUAAGGCAGCAUGGGGUUAGGGGGACUGUACCAUGUACUGAGUGGUCUGCUUUCUAGGUGAUUAAAGCAGCAUGGGUUUUUUCUGAAAAAUGUUCUUCAGGUUUUGCUUUUUUCUUCUUUUGGUAUUUUGAGAUGGGGUAGCCUAGAACCAGCUCUGUAAACCAGGCUGGCCUUGAACUCAAACCUGCCUCUGCCUCCCUCUGCUUCCACAGUGCUGGGAUAAAAGGUGUGUGCCACUGCUACCAGGCAGUGUAGUUUAGUGUUACAUCAUGUAGCUUAAGAUAAUAAAGUGUGUUAUUCAGAAUCAA